UCGCGAGUCUACAAACUCCGAACUCGCAGUUUCCGCGCCUCCCCGGUGCCCGCAUUCUCUAUUCUGCAUCCGAGGGUCCUCUCCCAGCGUCUACUCCCCAUCUCGGGGGACCCAGGGGAGCCAGUGGGGACCGGAUCCGGCGGGUGGAGCGGCCAGGUGAGCCCUGAAAGGUGGGGCGGGGCGGGGGCGCUCUGGGCCCCACCCCGGGAUCCGGUGACGCUGGGGCUGGAAUUUGACACCGGACGGCGGCGGGCAGGAGGCUGCUGAGGGAUGGAGUUGGGCUCGGCCCCCAGACACGGCCCGCGGGCUCCGCCAGCAGCAAGUCCCUCGGGUCCCAGCCCUGGCUGUGACUGGGGUUGGGAACCCGGCACCCGAGGGCACAGACUGGCUGCCAAGGCCGCACUUUUGGCUAAAAGAAGUGCUGCCAGGUGCACAGCUCUGGGUAUGAGCCAUUUGAUCUUCGGGGGCAAGUCCAGCACUGGACCCAAGAAAGGUGCCUAGAAGAAAACGGUGCAGGACCCCCACCCAUGGUGAGUAGUGGGAUGAUGGAAGCGGGUGGCAAGGGCUCAGGAUCAAGUGACCCAAGAGAGAGAGAGGGGACUUGAGCUGCCAUCAAGCAAGGGUCCUGCUCCUGAGCUCCCCCUAGUGCAGAGGCCCCUAAGCUUUUUGCUCCAUGGUGAUAACAAUCAGUGGCCUGGUCUUGAGGACUCUGAAUUCAGUUAGCCAAUAAGCCAACGCCUGGCCCUGUAGGAAGGCCUGAGGAGAUCUGUUCCACAGAUGUGUAGGCAUUCUGAGUCCUAGGGAGAGGUAAGUGACAGCCCGAUCCAAGAGGAGGCUGGCUAAUGAGGGCCCAUGAAAGUUCUGGGUUCCCAGAGAGGCAUUUGAGAGUGCUAGUCAGUGGGGGCUUAGGAAGGCUAGCUGGGACCAGGAAGGAUGAUGGCUCACGGGGGAAACUUCUAGGAGCAAGGCCAGGCUACCAGAUCCACAAGAGGAGACAGACGUGGGCAAGCUCUCAGGGUGGCUCAGGUCUGAGAUCAGGCUGCUAUGAAGGCCAGCCUAGCCUGGUCCUCCUAGGAGUGACUCAGACCUAAGUGCAGAAAGAAUAUAUAAAAGCCUACCUCCCCUUCAAGUCUGCAGACUUGGCAGACUCUGCCCCCUGGUGGCCAUAGGAAGCCAUGGCCCAAGCCCUGUGUUUUCAGAGGGCCCAUCAGCCUCCACCUUCUGCUGGUAAGGGACAUCUGUGGACAGAAAAGAAAACGCAUGUCUCUGGGUCCAGAACACAUAUUACAGAGGAACAAGGUGCAGUGGUGCUGGUCCUGGUGGGCAGCACAGGCCUCACUGGGCCUCACUGUCAUCAUAUAACUCUUGAGUGACCAGCAGCCACUCUAAUUCUUCUCCAGGUCUCAGAUUCCUCCCCUGUGGCAUGGGUGAAAGCUGUCUGUGGGACCAGGGAUGGCCAGCUACUGCUAUCUUCUCCAGUCAGUCUUGGCAGCUCCAGCCCCACAACACAGAACAGGAAAGUUGGGAAAACAGGACCCCUCUCCCAGCGGUUGUCUGGGUCUACCCUUAUGACCUUAGGUAAUCUCUGAGUUUCUCUGAGCCUUGUUUGCUCAUCUGGAAAAAGGGAAUUAAAUCAUUUAUUUACCUCAUGGAGUUGUGAAAGAGGAAAUAGUUGCAAAGCAUCUAACACAUAGUAAGGUUCUCAAUGCAGCUACUUUUCCUGGAUUGAGUCCAGCUACCCAAGUCCCCUGUAGCUUGGAGAAACUCAGGUGGAAGGAUGACCUCCUUAAAAGAUAACUCAUCUCUCAAUAUGCAAGCUGCCUCACAAAAAGGGUGGGGGAACAGGUCAUCAAAGGCUGAUGGGAGCUCCUGGUGUUGAUAGAGAUGGAACUUGGACUUGGAGGCCCUACUGCACUGCCCCACUGCUCCUGGCCUAAGUGGCAGCCCGCCCUGUGGCGGACCUUGACCGCUCUGGUCCUGCUGAGUAGCGUCACGGAGGCCUCCCUGGACCCCAAGCCCCACAGUUCGACCACGCGCGAAGACCCCGCGCCAGUCCUGGCGCCGCCCACCCGCCACCUCCCGGGGCAACUCACGGCCCGUUUGUGCAGCGGAAGAGCCCGGCGGAUACAGCCACAGCCUCCCCAACCGGUACCCCCGCCGCCCGCGCCCCCACCCCCACCCGUGUCCCCGCCUGCUGCGCCCCGCGGUGUCCGCGCGGCGCGUGCUGGGAUCCGGGGCAGCCGCACGGGGGCCACGGGCACGCGGAGCUGCCGCCUGCGUUCGCAGCUGGUGCCGGUUCAUGCUCUUGGUCUGGGCCACAGAUCUGAUGAACUGGUGCGUUUCCGUUUCUGCAGCGGCUCCUGUCGCCGCUCUCGCACCCCGCAUGACCUUAGCCUGGCCAGCCUGCUGGACACUGGGGCCCUGAAGCCGCCCCCCGGCUCCCGGCCAGUCAGCCAGCCCUGCUGUCGGCCUACUCGCUAUGAGGCAGUCUCGUUCAUGGACGUCAACAGCACCUGGAGGACCGUGGACCACCUCUCAGCCACUGCCUGUGGCUGCCUAGGCUGAGGGAUCUCUCCAAGGCUUUGCACAUCCUUACUCGCGCAUCUUGAUGCCUCGGACCUCCCCGCCGGGCCCCAUUAGCCAGGGCCUCAGCCAGAGAUGGAGACCUCAGAGCUGAGUUGCCAAGCCCCAUCAGAGAUAACAAACAUUGGCUCUGGAGAAAUGGAGGGACUAUUCACCAGCAGCCUCAAGGGGUUUAUAUGGACACCAGAGACUUCAGCCAUGGAGACAUUAGGAACCACUUCUCACACACUGGCACUGGCCAGGCAGAAGUCCUGGGACCUCCUCCUCUAGAGACUCCAGAAAUGGCCCAGGUGGGGCAGAAUUUGGAGGAGUCACAUUGCAGUUGCAUGACUGAAUGCACCUGUGUUGGAGUUGGCCUUGAACUCACUCCUGGGCACUGAACCCCUAUUUAUUAUUUCUAACUUAUUUAUUUACUCUGGUAAUUUGUCAGAUCCUUUCCUGGGAAAUGGGGGGAUUAGUAGAAGAGGUGAGAUGGAGGUGUGUCCUGACCUUCCCACUCACACUUCACUCAGCAAUCACAGGCUUGGCCAACUGCUUGCCCCCACCCAGCAGCUCUGAGGUAGAAGACAUGGAGCCCUGGGCAGAGUGGGUGGCCAAGGUGCAUUCACAGGCCAGCUCAUACCCCCUCCAGUCUCUAGCAUUUGGAGCCUGGGUUACCUGUAGGAAAAGAAACUACAGAGCCUUUUAAGGAGAAAGCCCCGUCCCAUACUGAUGGUCCUCUUGAGGUCCUAGCUUAGUGGGUAAAGACAGAAAACCAUACAUUGCCAUGGCCCACUGUCACUAAUCAGUAUCUACCAUCCAGGAAACGAUCUUGAAGGUACCCUGACAGGUGCAUAAUCUACCUCUCCUUGCAGAAGGUCCAGUCUGGGGAGCUCACUGCCUUCAUUCCAUGAAACAGUCCAAGGCAAGAAAAUAUAUGAAAAAAAAAAGUCGAAGGUGGGAAGAGGGUGCACUGGGGUGCUGGUUUGGGAGAAUGAAGCACAGAACUUCACAAACAUGAAUGUAGGAAAGACCUGAGGAGCCUCAGAGGGACCUGCAUUUUGUUUGUUGAAUGAGGGGUAUUCAUUUAUUCAGCCAACAAAUAUUUACUAAGCACCAAUUAUAUGUCAGCUUCUGAGUAGACACUAAGGAUAGACAGACAAUAAAUACUCAAUAACAUACAUACUUAUUUAAAUUCAAUUUGGCAACUGAUAUAAAAAAGAACAGGAAACUAAGAGGUAUACACUUUUAUCUGGAAGGAACAUUAGUGCUGUCCCUGGCCUCUCACAUUGUCCUUAAAUCAUCUCCAAAAGGUCAAUGUAAUUCCCUUUCUGCAUGUCCUUUAAAACUGUGAUUCCUAGGUCCUAGGUAUUUAUUUGGGGGUGACCUAUAUGAUUUGCCUUCUUUGGAAAUAAGACAUGGAUAUGGAGUUGGAAAGGAUGAUACAUCUAAGGGACUAUGGGACAUCCAGAGGAGUUGUCAGGAAGCAGGGGGGAUAUGCUUGUUGAUCUUGAGCUGAGAAUGGAGGUCUGAAUUGGUAGGUUUGAGAACCAUCAGUGCAGAGGUGGUGACCAGGAGUCCAUGAGAGUACCUUAUGAGUGAGACAAGGUUGGGGUGGGAUCCCAGGCAUUUAACACUUGACAAAUUUCUUCCCAUGUGCCUGCCUGCUUUGGCAAGAAGCUACUUCACCCAGGCUAGUGAGGAGCCACAAGAGCUCUGAAAGCAGGGCCUAUUCUGGGUCAAGGAGGUAAACUGUGCCUGUCUCUCCUUCUGCCCCAGUUCUAUGCACCAAAACUUUGGUGCUUUUUUGCUCUCAAAUACCCAUUUGGUUCCUAUCUCUGCCUCUAAACUGAUUUAGGAUCCUCAGUUUCCACAAACAUACCCCACAGAAAAUGUAUCCGUAUCGUACAGUAUGUAGAAGGCUGGGUGGGAAUAUUGAGAAUAUCCUGUCAAUUCCAUGGCUCUGGUAUCUCCAUUUUUUAUUUUGAUCUCUGUUUCACAUUUGCAAAAACACAUUGCCCAAUGAUUGAUUUUCCCAAAAUUAGGGCAUGGUCUCCAAAAAAGGAAUAUCAAGUUAUCACUUCUUGCAAGACAACAAAUAAUAGGCAGCUUUGAAAUGACAGUUUUUUCCAGCUCAGAGAAUACCUCAAACUCCUGUCUAUGUUCAUUUCAUCCAGAAUACAUAGUUCCAGGUUCUAUUUACUCCCACUGUCUGCAGUUGCCUGGUCUGGAAGAUGCCCUUGCCAAUGACUUUCCUCCUUUCCUAUCCAGGGAUUGCCAUCUUAUUCCUAGCUAAAGAUCCCUGUGAUGCAGUGUGUGUGGACUAGCUGACUGAAGUCUCAUCUUGAUAAGGAGAGGUUAGAUAGAAAGUUGAGUGAUCAGAAGAGAUUUAGGAGAAACUGUGUGGGUCUCAACCUAUUUUUGGAGUUGUGAAGUCCUUUGAAAAUCUGAUGAAACUUAUGACCUUCUCCCCACCAAAAUACUAGAAAUGUCACUGAUAACGUAAAUCUGGUAAACAAUUUUAGGGGAGUUGCACAGACUGUGUAUGUGUGUGUGUGUGUGUGUGUGUGUAUACUGGGGAUUGAACCCAGGGUUGCUUUACUACUGAGCUGCAUCCCCAGUCCUUUUUAUUUCCUAUUUUGAUAUGUGGUCUCAUUAAAUUGCUUAGGGCUUUGCUAAGUUGCUGAGGCUGGCCUUAAACUUGUGAACCCCAUGCCUCAGCUUCCCAAGUCUCUGGGAUUAAAGGUAUGCUCCACCUUGCCUGGAGUCCACAUACUUUCCAAAUCUCAUUUAGCUGUCCAUUUGGAGUGCAUAGUCCCCAUGUUGUGGUGGCAUGCCCUGUUUUACAUACUAUGUUGGAUAUCCUCUUGUAGCUGGAUUCCUCCAAGUGUAUUCAGCUCCAAUAUCAGGGCUCUCUGACUCAACUAUUUACAAUGCCCCCCACACUUCAACCAUUUUCUAUCUCAUCUCUCCUUUCCUUCAGUUUAUACUGGCUCAAAUAUACCUCAUUAUUUUAAAGAUGAUGCUGUGACAUCUACAUAGGUAGAUAGAUAUAUCUGCUGCCACCUCUCCUUUACUAAAAGAGCUUUUGCUGAAGUACCAGGGACCCUGUCCUUCUAAAUCCGGUAGCCACUUCUCAGCCUUUAAUACUUUGAACACUCAGGAGCACUCAAUUUUGUCAACUCUCCUUGAAAAACUGCUUUCCCAGGCUGGAGAUGUGGCUCAGGCGGUAGUGCGCUCGCCUGCCAUGCGUACCCGGGUUCGAUCCUCAGCACCACAUACAA